AUGGAUAUCGAUCCAAGUUCCAAACCUUCCAAGAAAUCAAAAAAGGACAAAGAUUCCAAAAAGAAAAAGUCAAGUAAACAUAAGAAACAUAAGAAGCAUCAUAAGAAACGAACUCGUCAUGAAGAUCAUAGCAAAGGUGGUGAAGGUAGUUCUUCUGGAUCAGAUCACGAAAAAUUAGGCAAACGUAUGUUAGAUAUAGAGUUUUUAAAAGAUACUUUACAGAGUAAAAAAUCAGAUCGUGAGGGUCUAAUUCAAGAUGAGAGUGAUUAUAUACCUUCUGGAAGUGGUAGAGUAGGUAUUCAAGUCGAAUCAAGUUCUCAGACUGUAUUUACCAAUUUUAGAAAUCCGUUUAGUAGAGAAACUUUUAAAAGACCACAAGAUCAAGAUAGUUUAUAUUAUUCAUCUACUUCCAGUGGCAACUAUUCAAAAAAGCGGUCACGAUCUCCUUCUCCACCUAAUCAUGAUGAUAUGAGGCAUAUUUCGAGUACGAGUAUGCCAACUAUCGCAUCUGUCAUAUCGGUAUCAUCUCCCAAACCCACUUUAUCCGUUUCCGAGUUAAAUAAACUACAGGCAAAGUCUAUUCGAGCCAGAUUGAUGAAUAUGCCAAAUGCGGAUGAUUUAGAGAAGCAAUAUGAAGAAGCCAAGAAAAAAGCAGAGGCUGGUCCUGAAGAUUCUGAUUCACGUGUCGAAGUGUUGUCUAUGUUGGAUAGCAAAGGUAGACUUUAUGAUCUUCAAGGACAAAAAUCCGAAUCUCCACAGCAUGCUGGAUCAUCACGUCGUAAGAAAGAAAAGAUUGAUACACAUGAUGCGAGUGGUGAUCGGAUUCGUUAUUUCAAGGAUGAUGACGAUCUUACAUUAAAAGACUUAAUACGUCAGGAAAAAUUUGGAAAUAGGGAUACAAUGGAUUCACAAAUCGCAGGAAGGAUUAUGAAAGAUUCCAUGUUCCAGGAUGAUUUAGAAUAUAUGGAUGAAAAGGCAGAUAGUAUAGCGAAGGUUCAAACAAGAACUUCUGAUCAAAAGAAAGAAUUUGCUAUUAGGGAUUUCCAAAAAUCAAAGCAGGUUUUGGAUAACUGUAUAUAUUGCUUAAAAGAUAAUUCGAAACCUCAAGUUGCCAUGGUUUCACUAGGAUAUAGGGCAUACCUUGCCUUACCAAAUGUAGUAGAGAUGACUCAAGGCCAUUGUUUGAUUGUUCCUGUUCAACACGUUACUUCAACUUUAGAAUGUGAUGAUGACGUAUGGGAUGAAAUUCGGAAUUUUAUGAAAAGUUUAAUCCAAAUGUUUGCCGAUGAAGGUCGUGGUAUUAUCUUUAUGGAAACAGUUAUUAAUAUGAAAUGGAAUAACCACACUGUUAUAGAAUGUGUACCAAUGCCUUGGGACUUGGCUCAGGAUGCCCCCGCAUAUUUCAAGGGUAAUAUAUGUGACAUUAGAUUCUUGGCAAACACCAACUCCCUAAAAUAUUACUAUGUCGCUGAAGGAAUUCUUGAAAGUAGUGGAGAAUGGUCUCAGAACAGAAAAUUAAUUGAUACAUCUAAAGCAACUUUUAGAAGGUCAAUGGUUAAAGAAUUACCAUAUUUUCAUGUUUGGUUUGGAUUAGAUAAAGGAUACGGACACGUGAUAGAAAAAGAGAAAUCUUUUCCUUUUUGGUUUGGAAAAGAAAUUCUUGCUGGAAUAUGCGAUUUACCUCCAAACCUAUGGAGAAAACCCAAGAAGCUACAUCCAAGAGAUAAUCCUGAUCGUAUUCAAGAAUUUAUGAAAAAAUGGAAGACAUGGGAUUGGACAAAAAUGUUGCAAGAAGAACAAUAA